GCUGAGGGCGAGGGCGCUCACAGGGCACGGCCGCUGCCUGCCUGCCUGCUAAGGGAGCGCACGGCUGUAGGGUAUUGCCCCUCAUCCUGCGGGAUAACACGUUAGCCCCACCUGGGAUUCUGCAUCGCGGUACUCGAGCUCCCGGGAUGCAGGGAGCUCUUUUGGGCGGUCAGCACCUGUCUAAACCACUGCUGCUUGGGGAAUGGAGCCUGCGCGGUGUAGGAGGGACCUGAUGCCUCCCCGCCGCCUGGAAAGAGCUCUCUGCGCCGGUGCCCAUGGAUGCCAUCCUGAACUGCAACCCGGAGGAGCUGGAGGAUUACUACAACUUGCUGGGAUGCGAUGAGCUAUCGACGGUUGAACAGAUUCUUGCCGAAUAUAAGAUUAAAGCCCUUGAAUGUCAUCCUGACAAGCAUCCUGGAAACCCCAAAGCAGUGGAGAAUUUCCAGAAACUGCAGCAAGCCAAGGAGACUCUGACUAACGAAGAGAGCCGGGCACGUUACGAUUUCUGGCGCCGGAGCAAAGUCUCCAUCCAGUUCCAGCAGUGGGAGGCCCUGAGCAGCUCCGUGAAAACGUCAAUGCACUGGGCUGUCCAAAGUAAGAAGGACCAAAUGCUGGAAGCUCCCGACUUUGACAAUACCAACAACAUGACCAAUGAGAUGUGGACCCAACAGACAGGAGAUGGAUUGCUGGAAGGGAGCAGGGAGCAGGAAGAUGUUGCAAUUCCUGAUGUGCAACCACAGUCUUCAAAGAACCCAGACUCCCCAAGAUUUUCAGAGGGGAAUUACUGGCACUUGCGUUUCCGCUGGUCCGGCGAUGCUCCAUCAGACCUUCUGAGGAAAUUCAGAAACUAUGAGAUCUGAAAUGAGAAACACACAGGAGCAUGACAUCAGCUGUUCAACAGUUCAGUAUUUUUUUUUUUGUCAGCAGUUAUAAGUUAUUUGUCUUUUGUAUUCUUUGAUUGUAGUGUGUUGUUCCAGCCAAUGUCUAAAUACUGGUUUAUCACACAUGCUGUGAGUAUUACAGAUCGAGGCUUUUCUGUUCAGUAAGCAAAGCCUUUUCCAGUGUUAACAUUAAGUGAUUUUGUGAAGUUAUCAAACAUCUUAUAUAUUGUUUCUUGUAUUCUCAAAUAUUAUGUAGUGAUGAAUACUUCUCUCCAUAGUGUGAAGUUAUAAAAAACAUACUCUCAGUAGAGCCCUGGGCUCCAGGGUAUCCUACUCAGCAAGAAUCUUCUGAAAGCUUUAUGACAAUGGACUGUAAACAGAACUGUGCUUAUGUCUCAACUCUGCUCUGCUUCACAUCUCCAUUGCAUUGUACUCACUGUAGUGAUUUAUAAUGUACCCAUUACAAACUUGUAGGAGAGUUGUGAUCUGAUGUUAUAGAUGAAAUAAGAAGGUUCUUGUUACCCAAGGUCUCUCUGACAGAUCAAGCACUCCUAAAAAUCACUCGUCUUCUACCUUAACAAGAACACUUUUUGGACCAGCUAUUUGUUUUGGAAGGCAGUUCCAGAACUUCUCCAGAGAGCAAUUUUUGUCUUAAGAUGUAUUGGUGGAAAACUGACGCCCUGUGUAUGUGUGCCAGCACUGUCCUGUGGCUUCACAGCACUUCCCCUCCUUGCUCAGGUGUGCUAGACAUGGUUUUAUCAGGGUUUUGUAUGGCAAGGAAUGAAGAAUCAGAAUAGUCAGCACUAAUGUGUACAGAAUCUCACAUGAAAAGUUUUUGGUCCUUUGAGCACCUUUUCAAAUUCUACAAAUUCUAUUGUUGUUUAUUUAUUUUGUGUUUGUUUUCUUCUUUGGAAACUUGGCUAAUACGUCAGCUGUUGACAUUGUGGUUUUGUGCAGGCAAAUGAUUCCAUCAGCAGCAAAUAAAACUUCAUGCAUACAGAAAA